AUAGACUGUGAGAGAGAGGAUAGGAAGGAUCACACCAGGAGUGAUGAAGAAAAUUGCCCCAAUUAGCACCACAGAAUCCCUUCCGCCGGAGUUCUUCUCCUCUGGAAGAACUUCACUGCUUACUGAGGAGAGUUCGGGUAUUUGCGAAACACUAAAAAGAACAGUAGUCGCAAAAGAUUUUAGAACCGAGGUGUCAACGAGGAUCGACGAGGGUCGAUCCUAUAUCUCUCUUGUUCAAAAUUUGUAGAACCGCAGUAGGUUACGAGUCUCGGUUUUUUGUCUGUUUCGCCAAGGAUCGAUCGAGCAAGUCGCAGUUGCAGUCGAGACUGAAUCACUGAAAUGAUGAGGGAUCACGAACAACUUUAUUGCAUCUAUAGAAACCCCAACGAGCCAGUGGAAGCAAGAAUCAAAGAUUUGCUCUCUCGAAUGACCUUGAGAGAAAAGGCAGCCCAGAUGACCCAGAUUGAGAAAUCUGUCGCCAAUCCUUCCGCCAUUACAGACCUCUCUAUUGGAAGCAUUCUCAGUGGCGGUGGCAGCGCUCCAUUUGAUGGUGCUUCCGCCGCCGACUGGGCCGAUAUGAUCGACGCUUUCCAGAAUGCAGCUUUAAAGGCCCCUCUUGGGAUUCCGAUUCUCUAUGCCACCGACGCAGUUCAUGGCCACAACAAUUUGUAUGGGGCUCCUAUCUUCCCUCACAACAUCGGCCUUGGAGCCACCAGGGAUGUGGAUUUGGUUCGUAGGAUUGGGGUUGCAACGGCUUUGGAAGUUAGAGCGACUGGCAUUCCCUACACUUUUGCUCCUUGUGUUGCUGUGUGCAGAGAUCCUAGGUGGAGAAGAUGUUACGAGAGUUUCAGUGAAGACACUGAAAUUGUUAGGAAGAUGACUUCCAUCAUUGUAGGCUUACAGGGACUGCCACCUCAAGGACACCCUAAGGGCUACCCUUAUGUUGCUGGAAGAGCCAAUGUUGUUUCUUGUGCGAAGCAUUUUGUUGGAGAUGGAGGUACUGAAGGAGGGAUAAAUGAAGGAGAUACCAUAUCAUCCUUUGAUGACUUAGAGAGGAUCCAUAUUUUACCUUAUAUGGAUUGCCUUUCUCUGGGAGUUUCCACUAUCAUGGCAUCCUAUUCUAGCUGGAAUGGAGGCAAAAUGCAUUCUAACUAUUUUCUCCUGACGCAAAUUUUGAAAGAUAAACUAGGAUUCAAGGGUAUUGUGAUUUCGGACUGGGAGGGUAUUAACCGACUUUCUCAACCUGACGGAUCUGACUAUCGUUACUGCAUUUCGGUUUCGAUUAAUGCUGGAGUUGACAUGGUUAUGGUGCCUUUCCGAUAUGAAAAAUUCUUGGAGGAUUUGAUAUUUCUGGUGGAAUCAGGUGAGAUACCCAUGGUGAGGAUUGAUGAUGCAGUGGAGCGGAUCCUGCGAGUGAAAUUUGUUGCUGGACUCUUUGAGCAUCCGUUCAGCAAUAGAUCUUUGCUAGAUAGAGUGGGUUGCAAGAUGCAUAGAGAAUUGGCACGGGAAGCGGUUAGGAAAUCAUUGGUUCUGCUAAAGAAUGGAAAGGAUCCAAAGAAGCAGCUUCUUCCAUUAGAUAAAAAUGCCAAGAGAAUUCUUGUUGCAGGAAGGCAUGCUGAUGAUCUUGGAUAUCUAUGUGGGGGUUGGACUAUCACCUGGUAUGGGACCAGUGGCAGAAAUACUAUGGGCACAACCAUCUUGGAUGGUAUUAAAGAAGCAGUAGGAGACAAAACAGAAGUGAUUUAUGAGCAGUAUCCAUCACCAGCCACCUUUGCGGAUCAAAAUUUCUGCUUUGCCGUUGUUGUUGUUGGGGAAUCUCCAUAUGCAGAGGACAUGGGUUCCAAUUCUGAGCUCAUGAUUCCUUUUAAUGGCCCUGACAUGAUUAACUUCGUUACAGAUAGAGUUCCAACACUGGUGAUUAUGAUAUCUGGGAGACCCUUAGUUCUGGAACCGGAAUUAUUGGAGAAGAUGGAUGCUUUUGUUGCUGCUUGGUUGCCCGGGAGUGAAGGGUUGGGAAUAGCUGAUGUUAUCUUUGGAGAUUAUGAAUUUGAGGGCGUGCUUCCAGUGACAUGGUUCAGAAGACUGGAUCAGUUGCCAAUGAACGCUGGGGAUGAGUCCUAUGAUCCUUUAUUUCCUCUGGGAUUUGGGCUGAGAAUGAAAAUUGGUUAAUCUUUGAAAUAAAAUGAGGAAUCCCCUGCUUCUUCCGACUCUUUCACUGCAACUCUUAUUUUCUCUACUCACCUCUUUUUAGUUCAAUCAUGAUUUUUAUUUUUUGUCUCCAUCGAUGCCAAGUGAUGACCAACAUAACAGUGGAUGAUGAGUUGGCUUUUCCACUACUGCACUAUAUAAUUUUCUGGGACAUCAUUUUUGUAAUUUAAGUGACUCUUGAUAUGACACCUCACUUGAACGAAACAAUAAAAAAAAUAAAAAAAUUGAAAAUAA